CUCACAACACUCUCCACUUCUACUACACCAACAGCACCUGUUCCUCCUCCUCAUCUCAUCGCUGUCAAUGGCCUCGGUGGAUCCCACAGCAGCUUCAGCAAGCGGCAGAAAACCGGCGGAGAAGUGGCCGGGAUGGCCCGGCCAGAACGCUUUCCGACUCAUCGUGCCGGGCUCGGCUGUCGGCUCCAUCAUCGGGCGCGAAGGGAAGAUCAUCAAGAGGAUCUCCGAAGGAACCGGCGCUCGAAUCCACGUCAUUUCUCUUCCCGCCGGAACCACUGAUUGCAUCGUACUGAUAUCGGCGAAGGAACAGCCACACUUACGGCUAUCCCCAGCAAUGGAAGCUGUAAUAGAAGUAUUCAAGCGAGUUACUGGGCUGUACCCCAUUGAUGGCAAUGGGAUGUGCUCAAAAGCUUCUGAGGUUAAACUAAGCUCGGUGACAUUCUUAGUAGGGUAUUCACAAGCCCUUUCGAUAAUAGGAAAAGAAGGAUCAAGAGUUAGAGCAAUCGAAGAAAGCUCAGGCACCACAGUAGGGAUUUUAUCACGAGGUUGCGCAGGAGUACCAUUUUAUGUGAGCCCGGAUGAAAGAAUCAUAAAAAUUCAGGGUCAGGUUUUGAAGGUGAUGGCAGCAAUGGAAGCAGUACUGUAUCAUCUGAGGCUGUACUUAGUAGACAGCAGUGUCAUACCGGCAUUCAGCGAAAAGUGCAAGACUGGUAUCUCGCAGGCCGAUCAAAGCCUCUCAUUGCAUCAUUCUACCCCUGCCCAUCAGCCUGGAGCUGAUUCCAUGUAUUCCCUUCCCUUGUUGGGGCAUGAAGCCAAGGUGGAGGCAAAAAUCCCUAGCUCUUAUUCCUCAUUGUAUGCCCAAGAGCCUGUGCUUGGUGGAUUACCCUUGAGGAGGUCUGACCGUGCCGCUGCGCCUGCUCAGAGAACGGAAAGAAUAAAAAUCCCUUUCUCAGCUGCCAAGGAUAUCAUUGGCAUUGCUGGCGAAACUAUUGACCACAUCCGUCGGACGAGUGGAUCCAUCAUCACAAUAGAAGAGGAUAGAAGCCUACCUGACGAGUACAUUCUAGAAGUGAGGGGCACAACCUCACAGCUCCAAACAGCUCAACAGCUCAUUGAGGAGCUUCUUGAGAGCCAUCACCAGCCAGGAAGGGAGGGAAGUAUCUAUGACAACAUGGAUGCUGGAUUAAGUUCCAACUCCCAGUUUGCACUACCCACCCACCCUCUUUCUCCCUUCUCACCCCAAUAUCGCUUCCCAUCUCAACCAUCAGGGGAAAACGGAAUUUCAAGUGCAGGUGAGCACACUGGUUCGAGGUUUUGGAAGGGUGAUCAGAUUUCAGAAUAAUUCCUUUCAUUGAGUUUCUGUUAGGGAGAUCCAUAGUGUUACAGGACCUUUAAGUUAUGGAAAUGAAACCUGCUUGACUUGUGGAUAGCAAGAGCAAAAAUAACACAGAGACAUGUAGUUUCAGAGCGCAAGAGUUAUAGUGGCCUUUUACAUCUCAAUUCGCAUUGUUAUUGAAGUUGAAGAGCAGAAGCAGAGACGCAUAAUUAAAGAAAACGGAACAUUCAAAACCAGAGAUUUUCAGCCUCAUGCUUGCUCUGUACCUUGUGCCAAUGGUCGACGAUGACGACGACGAGGAGCUUCAGAAGAACGCCUGAGCGGCUCACCCUCCCUUCAGAGUUCGGAACCCUAAUCGAUCUACAGAGGACAGAGAACUUGCAAAUACCAUUGGUUUGUGCUCUAGGCCCACAGGACUCUUGGGCCCAGGCCCAGUGUGAGGCCUACUACCAGCUUCGGGCCUUUAGUCAUACGGUUUUGAGCCCAUCCAGGUACGCUCCCUACUGGACUCAAAAUUGGAGUUGAUUUAUGUAGGUUUGGUUGGAAAAUCAUAGAUAAUGUCUUUUUCUCUUUCCUUCUUAACUUCUUGUUAUAUAAUUUACCAAAUAAUAAUAAUAAAAUUAU